CUGGCACGCAGUGUGGUGGCAGCAGGUGUGGCCUUGAAAUGCAGAACGACGCUGGCAAGUUCAUGGACCUGUACAUGCCACGGAACGCCAGCAACCACGUCAUCGGUGCCAAGGACCAUGCAUCCAUCCAGAUGAACGUGGCCGAGGUUGACAAGGUCACAGGCAGGUUUAACGGCCAGUUUAAAACUUACGCUAUCUGUGGGGCCAUAUGUAGGACGGGUGAGUCAGAUGAUUACAUUCCCUGAUUGGCCAAGGCUGAUGGCAUUGUCUCAAAGAAAUUUUGACUGGAGAGAAUCGCAGAUGUGGAGUAUUUGUCAUAAAUAAAUAGUGAAAACCUAAAAAAAAAAAAAAAAAAAAA